UUGUAUCGUUGAACUCUUCUCGUAUUUCCUUUUGAGUUUUGACUCUUCCUCCCUUGGCGGCACCCUUCUUCUUCACUUUCUUCUCUGUUUCCUCUUCCAUUUCACGCGUUCUUCUACGACCCUUACCAUCGUUUUAUUAAAGCCAGAAACGAAAAGCUGAUCCCUCUGUUCUCCUCCGCAAUCAAUCAAUCGCGCGCUUUUCCCCCAAUUUCCUGUUCCGAGGGUUUUUCACUUUCAAUUCAAUUGAAUCCCUAAAAAGGUCUUGUCUUUGACCGAUUCCGAUUCUCAUUCGGGAAAUGUCAUCUUCGAGCGCAGCGGCUUUUGGAUCCGCUGAUUCCACAGCUGCAAGAAGAAACACCAAGCGACCUAAGUAUUCGAAGUUUACGCAGCAAGAACUUCCUGCUUGCAAGCCGAUUCUUACGCCACGAGCUGUUAUUUCCGUAUUCUUGCUUGUUAGUGUUGUAUUUGUUCCAGUUGGAGUUGCUUCGCUACUUGCUUCACGAAAGGUUGUUGAAAUUAUUCAUAGGUAUGAUGCAGAGUGCAUACCGCAGUCAAAUUCUUCAGACAAGGUAGCCUACAUUCAGAAUCCUUCUGCAGAUAAAACAUGCAACAUAACACUAAAUGUUCACAAGCAUAUGAAAUCACCUAUUCAUGUUUACUACCAGCUUGACAACUUCUACCAGAAUCAUCGUCGGUAUGUUAAGAGCCGAAAUGAUGAGCAGUUGAGAGAUAGCGAGAAAUGGGACUCAACAAGUGGUUGUAAGCCGGAAGAUAUGGCAAAUGGAAAGCCAAUUGUACCUUGUGGUCUUAUAGCUUGGAGUUUAUUCAAUGACACAUACAUCUUCUCCCGUAACAACAAAAAUUUGACAGUGAACAAGAAAGGCAUUUCCUGGAAGAGUGAUAGGGAUCAUAAAUUUGGAAAAGAUGUUUUUCCUAAAAAUUUCCAGAAUGGUUCUAUUAUUGGUGGUGCACGGCUCAAUGAUUCCAUACCACUGAGUCAGCAGGAGGAUCUUAUUGUUUGGAUGCGAACUGCUGCACUUCCAACUUUCAGGAAGUUGUAUGGCAAGAUAGAGGUGGAUCUGAAUGAAGGUGAUACAAUUAGUGUGAUACUGAAAAAUAACUACAACACUUACAGCUUUAGUGGCAAGAAAAAGCUCGUACUGUCAACCACCGGUUGGUUGGGUGGGAAGAAUGACUUCCUUGGCAUUGCUUAUCUCACUGUUGGAGGAUUGUGCUUCUUUUUGGCUAUGGCCUUCACCAUUAUCUACUUUGUCAAGCCAAGGCAACUUGGAGAUCCAUCGUAUUUGUCAUGGAAUAGGAACCCAGGAGGGCACUGAGAUUAAAGAACUAGUUAUGCCGAAUGAAUGCUUUGUUUUCAUCCAAGAAGGCAAAGAUUUGUUAUUAAUACUGUAGUGCUUGUAAUUUUUGUACAUCUGUUACUAAUUAAUAGUGCAGCACUUGUUGAGUUAGGUAUUGGUGCCACUCAAACUGAAGCCAAAAUGUGUUAUUUUAUUUUUUUAUUUGUGGUGGUGUGUAUCAAAAUUGAAAUAUCAUGCUCCCUAGCUAAAUAGGGUCCAAUAUACUUGCUAGUUGAUUUGCGUACAA